ACCUUCUGCGUCAACGGCACCCAACACAGACGCCAUCGUUCCUGUUGUGCUAAAGCAAAGAAGACUGAAAUCAAAGGUUCAAGGCAAUCCGUGAUGGACUCCAGGUCACGCAGACUUCCUUUUUGUCUGUCCAGCUCAAGGUCGUCCUACACAUCCAGUCCAGCAGUCUCCUCCUCAUCACUGGGCUCCAGUAGGUUGUACAGUAGGGAGACUGUUCUGAAUAAUGACCGCUUUCCAAGGGCAUCGUCACCUUACAAAGCUGAACUCGACAAACAGAAUUCCCGUCUCCUGAGUUCAUCAAGGGACUACAGCAGCUCUGACAGUCGCUCCACCAGCUGGAAAUUACCCUCCUUGACACCCUCCAGCAGAUCUUAUGACCGCCCGUGGGCAGAAUCCUCGCUCAGCAGCAGGAGCAAACUGACUGAUUCUGAGGGGAGGUUGGGGAUGCGCUCAGGUCUGUUGAACGCCAGUGAUGAUGGCGAUUCUAAAAGGGCCAAACUGUCAUACAGCAACAGAGGACUAUACUCAAGAAUGGCCAGCACCUCAGUUACAGGAUCCACCUAUUCCAGUAAUGGACUUAGCAGCGGCAGAGGUACAGAUGAAAAACGCAAUGACUUGCUCGACUCAUCGUGGAGCUCAUGCCGUUUACUGUCACGGUCAUCAUCUUCCUCCUCAAAGCCGCUGUUGUCCAGGAGAGAGCAGGAGACGAACACUGAGCCCAGUCUCUCAGGUUUGGGAGAAAGAAGAGUCAGGACUCCUGGAUUGGUUUCCUCAUUGUGUCAGACAGACAGGGUGACCUCCACUUAUGCACAGGGCGCUCGCCCUAAAGAAACGACCUACUCUCCCUCCUACUCCUCUUCAUCCUCCUUCUCCUCCGCUACUAGAGAAAGCUCCCUAAAUCGUCACCUCUCAUCACCCACCACCCACCGGACAUCUCCUCUGGUGCGUGAUUAUAGCAGUAGGACCACAAGCCGUUUCUUGAACGGCUCGUCCACCCUCCACUCAUCUCAGGAACAAACCAGAAACCCCGAUUCCUCCUCAGAUAUCUCCUCCUCUUACUCCACUCACACCCCCUGGUACACCACUCCCCUGAAAAGGCCUGAUGCCACACUCCCUCCAAGGCCUGCUCCUGAAGGUGGGGAGUCAGAGGGCCGGCGCUCUACACGUCGCCUUUUGUCCCGUCUCUUUUCACGGCGCUCCAGCCAAGACUCCAGUGGUUCUUCCAGUGUUCGCUCCCUAGACGAUGAAAGCCCAUCAACUGGUGGAGAGUCUGUGGACAGUGACGAGGGAGCCAGGAUGUCUGCUGUGGACCCUGACACUGUAGCGUCGGAGACAACUCUGGGUAGCCACAGGAAUCAUCGAGCAGACCUCACCCCUAUACAGGAAAACAACAGCGAUGGCUACCAUAGUGGUUUGCCUAGACAAGCCAGAAUGGCAUCAUGGAGGGAGCCUGGUGUUAGCAGUAGUAACAGCAACAGCAGUGGAGGAGGCAGCAGCUCCUCCUGGCUUUCUUCCUCCCUCCGGGGCCGCUGUCCUCCACUCCUCUCUCGCCUCAGGAGACAUGCUAGGGAUGAGAGCACACACUCAGCUGCAGGCUUAGAAGAAGGCUACAGCCGUCCACAGCAUUUACUGAGACGGUGGGAUAAUCUUGAGCAUAAAGCAUCACAGGAUGAUGACGAUGACGACGAUGACGAUGAUGAGGAAGAGGAUGAGGAGGAGGAGGAUGAAGAGGAAGAAGAAGAAGGAGCAGUUGGUUUAGAGGCUUUUGGUGCAGGUCGUGCUUGCAGACUUGAGGAUGAAACGUUAACUGACCUGGAAGAUGCCUCGAUAGAAUUUUCGCCACGUCGCAGAGUCGGAGUGUAUGAAAACAUUUCGGUUUCUAGGGGUCCAUUGGGAGGCGUCGAGAGUCAGCUGGAUUGCCAGAAGGAAAAGACCAUUUCCAGUAGGGAUCAAGAGAAGCUACGCAAGAUCAAAGAGAGACUGCUGUUGGAGGAUUCGGAUGAGGAAGAAGGGGACCUGUGCCGAAUCUGCCAGAUGGGAGAGGAAUCUUCCUCCAACCCCCUGAUUCAGCCGUGCCGCUGUACAGGCAGUCUGCAGUACGUCCACCAAGACUGCAUCAAGCGGUGGCUUCACUCCAAAAUUGGCUCAGGCACAAACCUUGAGGCAAUCACAACAUGUGAACUCUGUAAGGAGAAGCUGCGCUUGAACAUAGACAACUUUGACAUUCAGGAGUUAUACAGGACACAUGUGCAGUCAGAAUAUGAUGAGUUCAUCAGCAGCGGCCUGUACCUGGUGGUUUUGCUGCAUUUUUGUGAGCAAAGGUUCUCCGAUGUCCUUGGAGCAGUCGAUGCAGCUGGGUUAUUCAACCUGGUGAGAAUUCUUCAUGAACACAUGGACAAUCUUGAAAUUCCCAAUGGGGAAAGUGACGAGGAGGUGCAAGACAGCAGACCGUCUAUUGAGUUUUCGGACCUGGACGACGAUCUCGAAGAUGGGUAUUAAAUAUGUGAAAAUGGUGCAAUGGGGGUUUAAAAAAAAAAAGAGAGAAAAAAGUGGGUCAGAUGAUUUGAAGUCGCAGGGCUACUCCAUGCCAUAUGGUAGCUCACCCAGUUUUCGCACAUGCUUUGACAUUGUCAUGUUCAUCUGAAAUGCAACGGCAGUAAGAAAUGCCAAGUGCACAGAACAUGUCUCGCCUUUGUUGCAGGUGGCUUUUGCAGAUAUGCAAACUUGGAAUGAACUAGUGCGUAAAAUAUUUUGGUUAAUACCACUGUAUUUCUGUUUCUCUGAGAGUGCACUUUAUUCAAUUAUAUGUUUAAAUUAAAAAAAAAAAAUGCAAGUGUUUUUAACUGUAAUACCACAAGUGCUUUAAUGUUUAAAGAAAAGGCAGAAAUGGAUUCAGACAACAUUGAUGAAUGAGUUGUACUCAUGCUGGGAUGGCAAGACGAAGCUUUUGGAAGAGAACACAAAAGUGGUGAUUAUUCCUUUUGUCUGUUUUCCUCUGAAUGUUCCCACUGAGAAUAUGUUUAAAAAAACAUGUCUUCAUUCUUUCAUAAAUGCUUUAUGUAUGUCCAAAUCUAGUUUCAUGCUUUUAAUUUUGGGAAUAAAGAUGAAUUGCAAACUGCC